AUGGCUCCAUCCCCGGAGGGAGUCUCUGUCGUUCUCGGAGCCCAGUGGGGUGACGAAGGGAAGGGCAAGCUCGUCGAUAUUCUCGCUGCUGAAGCCGACAUUUGUGCUCGAUGUGCUGGUGGUAACAAUGCUGGUCACACCAUCGUCGUCAGGAAUGACAAGGGCGAGAAGACCAGCUACGCCUUCAACCUUUUACCCAGUGGUUUGAUCAACCCCACCUGUACCGCCUACAUCGGUUCCGGUGUCGUUGUCCACCUCCCCUCUCUUUUCAACGAGCUCGACACUCUUGAGCGAAAGGCAGGUCUCAAGGUUGCCGGCCGGCUCUUUGUCUCUGACCGAGCCCACCUCGUCAUGGGUUUCCACCAGAUCGUCGACGGCCUCAAGGAAGUCGAGCUCGGUGGCUCAUCCAUCGGCACCACCCGAAAGGGUAUCGGACCCGCCUACUCUUCCAAGGCCUCUCGAUCCGGUCUUCGUGUGCACCACCUCUUCGACCCCACCUUCCCUACCAAGUUCAGGAAGCUCGUCGACGGCAGGUUCAAGCGAUACGGCCACUUCGAGUUUGACACUGAGGGCGAGAUCGAGGCUUACUUGGCUUUCGCCGAGCGUCUCCGACCUCUCAUUGUCGAUGGCCCCACUUACAUGCACAAGGCCAUCAGCUCUGGCAAGCGAAUCCUCGUCGAAGGCGCCAACGCCCUCAUGUUGGACCUCGACUACGGAACUUACCCCUUCGUCACCUCCUCUUCCACUUCCAUCGGUGGUGUCAUCUCUGGUCUCGGUAUCCCUCCCUUCGCUCUCAAGAAGGUUGUCGGUGUUAUCAAGGCCUACACUACCCGUGUCGGUGGUGGUCCCUUCCCUACUGAGCAAUUGAACUCUGUCGGAGAGACUUUGCAGGAGGUUGGUGCCGAGUACGGUACCGUUACCGGCAGGAGAAGGCGAUGUGGUUGGUUGGACUUGGUCGUCAUGAAGUACUCCACUUUGAUCAACGGCUACACCAGCUUGAACCUCACCAAGCUUGAUGUGCUUGACGGCUUUGAUGAGAUCAAGGUUGCUACUGGCUACAAGAUUGACGGUGUCGAGAUCGAGGGCUUCCCUGCCGACCUUGACCGACUCGCUCAAGUCGAGGUCCAGUACACCACCCUCCCCGGUUGGAAGACCGACAUCUCCAGCGUCAAGAAGUACGAGGACUUCCCCGAGAACGCCAAGAAGUACAUUGCCUUCAUCGACGAGUACCUUGGUGUCAAGACUCAGUACGUUGGUGUCGGCCCUGGCCGUGACCAGAACGUCAUCAUCUUCUAG